AUGGCACAUAAUGCUGUAAAAGCAUUACAACAAGCAAGAGAGAGAAACAAUACAGUCAUUAGUACACUUUAUGAAUUUGUUGAUUUUUUUAACUUAACUAUUAAAAUUUCAACUUGCAGAACAAUAAGUACUAAAAUUCUUGUUGAGUAUAUGGAAAAAUUAAAACAAACUAAGGUUUUUACUCUCUUUGAGUUACAAGAACUAGUUACUAUUAUGUUUGAUGGUUGGAAAAAUAUGUGCUACCAGGAAAUUUUAGAUGCUGUUAUUCUUUCUGCAACAAAUCAGCUAUACAUAUGGAGUGCUGAAAAUAUUAGCAAUCAAAGUCAAAAAACUCUCAAUGUAUUAAAUACAAUUCAUACCUUUUUUGAGCAUGCUAGUAACCAGAAUCUUAAUGUAGUGGCCAUAGUUACUGAUAGUGUAUCAGCAUAUGCUUCUACCUAG